GGCGGAGCGGGGCGGGGCGCGCCACUGCGCCGGGCGGCGAUGGCGGCGGACGGGGACUGGCAGGAUUUCUAUGAGUUCCAGGAGCCAGCCCGGAGCCUCCAGGACCAGGAGAACUGUAACGCGAGCCCCGAGGCCGGCGCAGGGCCGGGCGGGGGAGGCGACGGCUUCCCGGCGCUGGCCUGCAGCUUGGAGGAGAAGCUGAGCCUGUGUUUCCGCCCCUCGGGUCCGGGCGCCGAGCCCCCGAGGGCGGCAGUGCGGCCCAUCACCGAGUGCAGCCUCCUGCAGGGGGACGAGAUUUGGAACGCCCUGACAGAUAAUUAUGGAAACGUAAUGCCUGUAGACUGGAAGUCAUCUCACACCAGAACCUUGCAUUUGCUUACACUGAACCUCUCAGAAAAAGGGAUAAGUGACAGUUUGCUCUUUGAUACAUCAGACGAUGAGGAGCUGAGAGAACAGCUGGAUAUGCAUUCAAUCAUCGUCUCCUGCGUUAAUGAAGAGCCCCUCUUCACUGCAGAUCAGGUUAUUGAAGAAAUUGAAGAAAUGAUGCAGGAAUCUCCAGACCCAGAAGAUGAUGAAACGCCAACCCAGUCAGAUCGGCUGUCAAUGCUGUCCCAGGAAAUCCAGACUCUUCAGAGGUCCAGCACAAGCAGUUACGAAGAGAGAGUCAAAAGGCUCUCUGUAUGUGAAUUAAAUGAACUCCUGGAAGAAAUUGAGAGUGCCAUCAAGGAGUAUUCUGAAGAGCUGGUGCAGCAGUUGGCCCUGCGAGAUGAGCUGGAGUUUGAAAAGGAAGUGAAAAACAGCUUUAUUUCUGUUCUCAUUGAAGUACAAAACAAACAGAAAGAGCACAAAGAAACAGCCAAGAAGAAAAAGAAACUCAAGAAUGGCAGCUCUCAGAAUGGGAAGAAUGAGAGAAGUCAUAUGCCCGGCACAGCCGGGCCGUAUAUUGCUGCCUUUAGCGCUUCAGCAUGGAAGGGAUCUCAAAUGUCAUUCAGAAUGGCCUCCGCCACACCUUUGGAAAUUCAGGUGGAGAGAAACAGGUGCUGGGUUAUCCUUAUUUUCCUCAUUCUCUGCUUUUUCAUUACCUGUUACUUGACAACAGUCAUUCCCUAUGAGAAAAAAAAUGGACCACCAUCUGUUGAAGAUCUUCAAAUAUUAACAAAAAUUCUUCGUGCCAUGAAAGAGGACAGUGAAAAGGUUCCAAGCUUGUUAACUGAUUAUAUACUGAAAGUGCUCUGUCCUACAUAGGGCAGCACCGCGUCAGGAACAGCUUUCUCUUCUGUGGACUACAAGCUAGGUUUCCUAUAGCAUUGUUCUGAAACCUGGCUACCAUUCCCUUCUGCUAUUGGAAACUCAGCACACUUGAACUUGGGUUUGUGAUUCAGUAUUAACUAGAUCAUGCUUUCACUAAUUCUUUAUAUUAUGAACAAGAGAAGUAUGGCACUGUUCUGAAUUCUAGAGGUGUGUGUGUGUGUUUGUUUUUUUGUUUUUUGUUUUUGUUUUUUUUUUUGUUAAAUACUAACAAUUAUGAACUCUUCUCUCCUCCACCUUUGUAGAGUAAGGGGGAGUAAUGUUUGUGCAUGCGCAGUUAUAUUUUUCCUGAACUGACAGUAUGCCCAGUUGAGUUUUUAUGGCUUUCUAGAUCUGCACUGCACUGAAGAACUAGAUUAAAGCAUUGAGAGAUUUAUACUGUAACUGUUCUUCGGUGGUGGCAAGAACCGACGCUGUUCUUUAUAAAGGGACUGUCAGGAUAAAUAUUACCUACAGUGUUGUCAAGGGCGACAGAAACUGAAACGUGGGCUGUUCUCUGAAGAAGGGGAACCAGAAUGUGCGCUAUGGCAGAUGACAGUGACAACAACUACGAACAAUGAUGAUGACCAAGGGCCUCGAUGACCAAGGCCGAGGCCUGGAGGCCCAGUGGGGAGAGGGCUGAUAUUGGAGGUUGCUGCGUCUUUCACCCCUAUUGAGACGUUAACCAUUCAGUUGCCAUUCACUUUCAGAACCUUGUAUUGUUGAACUUUGGAUGUUUAUAUGUCUUGCCUCAUGUGUCUGUGAAGAAGUGUCCUUGACAAGGAGCCUGUGUCCUCCAAGGUGCUUUCCAGUAUCCUGUGCGCUGCUGUGGCGCCCUGUCCCCACUCCUGCCCGAGUGUCUCCCGAAAGCGCUACUCCUGGAAACAGCUCAUCGAUCCGGCACUGGUCAUGAAACACUUUUCUGCCAGUUCCAGUCAAGUCAUUGCCAUUUAAUAAAUGUUGAAAAAAGGGUACUGCA